UGGCAGCGGUGUUUCUCGGUGGCCGAACCCAGGCGCUGGGGCCAUGGGCAGUCAGGAGGUGCUGGGCCAGGCUGCGCGGCUGGCCUCCUCCGGUCUGCUCCUGCAGGUACUAUUUCGAUUGAUCACCUUUAUCUUGAAUGCUUUUAUUCUUCGCUUCCUGUCAAAGGAAAUCUUAGGCAUAGUGAAUGUCAGGUUGAUACUGCUUUAUUCAACCACUACCUUCCUGGCCAGAGAGGCCUUCCGCAGAGCUUGUCUGAGUGGGGCUGCCCAGCGAGACUGGAGCCAGACCCUCAACCUCCUAUGGUUAACGGUCCCCCUGGGUGUGUUUUGGUCCUUGUUCCUGGGCUGGGUCUGGUUACACUUGCUUGAAGUGCCUGACCCUAAUGCCAUCCCCCAUUAUGGAGCUGGAGUGGUGGUGUUUGGUCUCUCAGCAGUGGUGGAAGUUGUGGGAGAACCCUUCUGGGUAUUAGCCCAAGCCCAUAUGUUUGUCAAACUCAAGGUGAUAGCUGAGAGCUUGGCAGUCAUCCUCAAGAGCAUCCUUACUGCCUUCCUCGUACUGUGGCUCCCUCACUGGGGACUGUACAUUUUCUGCUUGGCCCAGCUUCUCUACACUACAGUUCUGGUGCUCUGCUAUGUGAUCUAUUUUGCAAAGUUACUUGGGUCCCCAGAGCCAAGCAAGCAGCACAGGCUUCCUGUCUCCAGGAUGGUAGAUCUCUUACCCAGUGUUACCAGAGGCAGAGCUUUUGUCAAUUGGAAAGAAGCUAAAUUGACUUGGAGUUUUUUCAAACAGUCGUUCUUAAAACAGAUUUUGACAGAAGGCGAGCGAUAUGUGAUGACAUUUUUGAAUGUGCUAAACUUUGGGGAUCAAGGUGUAUAUGAUAUCGUGAAUAAUCUUGGCUCUCUUGUGGCCAGAUUAAUUUUCCACCCAAUAGAAGAGAGUUUUUAUAUAUUCUUUGCUAAGGUGCUGGAACGUGAGAAGACUGCCACACUGCAGAAACAGGAGGAUGUUGCUGUUGCUGCUUCAGUGUUGGAGUCCCUGCUCAAGCUGGCCCUGCUGGUCGGCCUGACCAUCACUGUCUUUGGCUUUGCCUAUUCUCAGCUGGCUUUGGAUAUCUACGGAGGGUCCCUGCUCAGCUCGGGAUCAGGCCCCAUGCUGCUGCGUUCCUACUGCCUCUACGUCCUCCUGCUCGCCAUCAAUGGAGUAACCGAGUGCUUCACAUUUGCUGCCAUGAGCAAAGCAGAGGUUGACAGGUACAAUUUCAUGAUGCUGGUGCUCUCCUCCUCUUUCCUGGUGUUAGCUUACAUCCUGACCCGCUGCUGUGGCAGCGUGGGCUUCAUCUUGGCCAACUGCUUCAACAUGGGCAUCCGAAUUGCACAGAGCCUCCGAUUCAUCCACCACUACUACUGCCAGAGUCCUCACAGGCCCCUGGCUGGCCUGUUCCUCUCCCCCAUCCUACUUGGGGCAUUUGCCUUCAGUGGCGGGGUGACUGCCAUUUCUGAGGUCUUCCUCUGUUGUGAGCGGGGCUGGCCAGCCAGGCUGGCUCACAUCACUGUGGGAGCCUUCUGCUUGGUACUGACUCUUGGAACUGCCUUCCUCACAGAGACCCAGCUGGUUCACUUUCUCAGGACUCAGCUAGGGGUAUCCAGAUGCAAAGCGACCUGACCUCAGAAGUGUACCGACAGUUGUGGAGCCUAGAACAGCUGUGGGUGGAGAGCAUCUUCUAUGAGAAGAGCCUACUGAGGAGUUAGAGGUUCAGGGGGCCAUCCACCCAGGUGAGGCAUCAAAGGAAAGCAUCAGAUCAGGUGCACUCCUUCCACGAGAAAUGUCAAAGGCAAAGGAGGGGUUCUGCUUUUCUUGAGAGAUCAAGAAGUCCUUAUAAACUAGAAACUUUCCCCCCCACCAGUUUGUUUUGUUCCAGUAGACAUCUUUUUUAUAAACAUUUUUAUUCCUUUUCAUGGA